CAUUUUUGUAGCUGUGUUGAUUGAAAGCGAAAAAAUCGGGUUCUAAACACUGCAUGAAUGGCUGGUGGAGAUCUAGCUGCCUCUUCUGUAGGAUCGAAGAAUGCCACUGAUCUAAUCCCAAGAGGGGAUAUGACUAAUCACUCCAGGGCAUUCCUAGAUGCUGAAGGAUUAGUGGUUCCUAAGUUGACAAAGGCAGUGCCUGCCGCAGCUAUGUCAGCAGAGGGCGUGUCCAUGAAGAGGCCUCGUGGUCGGCCAGCUGGGUCAAAAAACAAGCCAAAGCCACCGAUUAUCAUUACCCGUGAUAGUGCUAAUGCCCUUCGGGCUCAUGCUAUGGAGGUUGGAAAUGGAUGUGAUAUUUGUGAGAGUUUAGCAAACUUUGCGAGGAGGAGGCAGCGCGGAAUCUACAUACUAAGUGGAACAGGUUGUGUGAUGAAUGUCACUUUGAGGCAACCUGCCACUUCUGGUGCCAUUGUGACACUCCAUGGAAGAUUUGAAAUCCUUUCAUUGCUAGGUUCAAUUUUACCUCCUCCAGCACCACCUGGUGUCACAGGCCUCACAAUCUAUUUAGCAGGGCCUCAAGGUCAAGUGGUAGGUGGAGGUGUUGUAGGUGCUCUGAUUGCUUCAGGUUCUGUGGUGAUCAUGGCUGCCUCAUUCAUGAAUGCAACUUUUGAUCGUCUCCCUCUGGAUGAUGAAGAAGUUGCUGCUGCUCAUAAUCAGCAUCACUUGAACAAUCCUCAGUAUCACAACCUUCACCAGGUCGACUUGUCGAAUUUGUAUGGGAUACCACAAAACAUGCUUAACAAUGGAGGUUUGCCCUCUGAGAUAUAUGCCUGGGCACCGGGACGCCAACUUACUAAAGGCUAGUCAGCUUGGCUAGGAAGCUUAGAACUCUCAAGAUUUCUUUACCUUAGUAUGAAGUUUGUAUCAGAGCAUCUAGUCCCCCACAAUAUUUGGCUUGAGAUUGGGAUGUAAGCAACUGGUAACACAUCAAAUUUGAUUCUUCAUCAGUUUGUAAGUGGGUGCGUCGCCGACAUCCUCUCAUGGCCAUGACCAACCCCUGUUUCAGUCUAUAAAAAGAAAAUAAGAACUCUUCCCUGC